GGGAUGAAUUAUGCCAUGAAUGGUAGAAGCAAAAGCUCACAGGGGAACAUCUACUCCGCAAGAAGACACACAUGGGGUGACCGCAAACCAAAUAAAUAUAUAAAUAGAUUUGUUGUUGACAAUGGCGGUCAACAAGGUGUAUGUUUUCUGUGGGAUCCUUGCUGCUGUGCUGGCUUGGUUUGCUACAAGGCGAGACAUCUUUACCGUCAAGAAUGAGAUGUUUGUGGGUAGAGAAGCUAGUGAGGUGUAUGAGUUGAUUGCAGACCUGAGAAAACACAUCAAGUAUCACAGUUUUGUGCCAAAAGAAAUUGUAUUACUUCACACCCGAACCCACAGCAGCGGUUUAGAAGAGCGUCUUUUCCUGGUCAAGGAAUAUGUGCCCCUUCCCCUUGGCUAUAACAUGACGGUGAAUUUUGAUGCCCUCGCAAAACUUACAAAACCGAACGAAGAGCUUGUGGUUGACAUAGAAGUAGACAUGAUCGGAGGGGUGUCGGGGGCUUCUGUGUGGACCCUUGUUCCCUCAUCCAUUGGAGACGUCCGAGGAACAUUGGUCACUGAGGAAUUCUCCUUACACUGUCUUAGGGUUACGUGUGGCUUCAUUGAACACAAGGCAGCGGUGUCUCAUGAGGAACUGUUUCAAAAACUCAAAGAGGACCUGGAGAAAUCUUGACUCUCAUUGCAUGCCGUGGAAGGGACAUUAAUAUUCUACAACAAUCGGCAGCGGGAAUGAUAAGGAUUGUUAAUUUAAGUACCAAUUUGUGCAUAAGUUUUGAAUUGUUUUCUUAUUAUAGCGACCCCAUUGCCAGUCUAAUUGUUUAUAAUAAAUUAUCGUCACUGCAGAUCGGGUCCUAUAAGAGGCAUGCCACCAAAAACGGAAGCUUCCUAUAGCAUUCAAACAUGAACUUCCACUCGCUUGUUGUUAAAGUUGUUGUGUCUUGUCUUUGGCAGGCCUAACCUGUGAUACGUUAUCAAAACUGUCCUGCACAUUUUGUGUAAUUAUAUGACGACCGCAUUUUAUAAAUAUUUUUGAUUAAAAAAAAUUAACUUUUUUAGCUUCUAAGUAUACGUAUAGAAAAAUUGUAUUUUUGUUGUCGGCAUAGUUGUGAAAAAUUAUAUUGAAAAAUGAAAACAGAAGGCUAAUUAUUUAUAAAAUGUACAUGUACAUCAAUGCAUUGAACAUAAAAACAACUGUAUUCCGAAAUAAAAUACACAGGACACUUAUACGGGCUUUCGUAUUA